AUGCCAGUGUCUCCACAUCCCUUCGACCCUCUUGGUCCCCAAGAGAUUACACAUGCAGCUGACAUCGUCCGCAAAGCCCAUGCCGAUUCCCAGCUCGCUUUCCGGGCUAUCACCUUGCAGGAGCCCCCCAAAGAUGAGAUGGUUACUUUCCUACAAGCCGAAGCUGCGGGGCAGUCCUCCCACAACAGAAACCCUGACCGGCUUGCAAGGGUGCAAGUUUUUAUUCAGAGCAAGCUGCAUGACAUAAUCGUCAAUCUCGAUGCGGAGAGGCUUGUCAAGGACGAGGAACUCGUGGGUCGACAUUCGUUCACCGACGCAGUCUUCAUGCAGAAUGUUGCCGAAGCAACCAUGGCAGAUCCCAGAGUCCAAGAUGAGAUCAAACAACUAGAACUCCCAGAAGGAGCGGUCGUCAUCGUGGAGCCGUGGAGUUAUGCCACGGAUGGAGAAAAUGAUAUGACAGAAAGGCUGGCAAUGGCGUGGUUUUAUAUGCGUCUUUCUGAUCACGAUGAUGCCAAUUAUUACGCCUAUCCACUUGACCUUUGCGCCGAGGUGUCUGGCAAUCUUCAGGUCACCAAAAUCUACCGCCUUCCCUCUGGUGCCGACGGGAGGACGACUACUGAGCAUGAGAAGCCAUUCGACCGCCGCAAGAUCCACACCAACAGCGAAUACCACCCGGAUCUCGUACAAGGUUCACGGGCAUCGACCAAACCCUAUCUUGUCAACCAACCAGACGGACCCUCGUUCACAGUCCGAGGGAGUCACAUAAGCUGGGAGAACUUCUCCAUGCGCGUCAGCUUCAACUACCGCGAGGGCAUGGUUCUCCAUGACGUGAGGUAUGACAAUCGUAGCCUCUUCUACCGCCUGUCCCUCUCCGAGAUGUUCGUUCCGUAUGCCGAUCCUCGGCGCCCCUAUCCCCGCAAGGGCGCAUUUGACCUCGGCAACGACGGCGCAGGUAUCAACGCCAACAACCUGAAGCUGGGGUGUGACUGCCUGGGCCACAUCAAGUACUUUGACGGCUGGCUUUCCACCGCGUCAGGAGACCCAUUACUGAUGCCCAACGUCAUUUGCUGCCACGAGGUUGACGACGGGAUCCUGUGGAAGCACACAAACUACCGGACCGGCAACGCGGUCGUCACGCGCUCACGGGUCUUGGUUCUGCAAACGAUCAUUACCGUGAGCAACUACGAAUACAUCUUCAUAUGGAAUUUCCACCAGGAUGGGAGCAUCUUCUACGAGGUGCGAGCCACGGGAAUCGUAUCGACUUCACCCAUCGACAUCGACGAGCCGAACCCUCCACGGUACGGCACGGUUGUGGCCCCGGGGGUGUUUGCACCUUUCCACCAGCACCUCUUCUGCCUGCGAAUCGACCCCGCCAUCGACGGCCACUCCAACUCUCUGGUCGUGGAGGAGACGCGACCGAUGCCCCCGGGUGACGCGAACCCGUUUGGGAUGGGUUUCGAGACCGAGUCGCAGGUCGUGGAGGCAGAAUGCGGGCUGGAUUUGGACUUCACCAAGAACAGAACCUUCAAGAUGGUCAACGAAAACGUCAAAAACCCCGUUACGGGCGGCGGCGUCGGCUUCAAGCUCCUCCCAUGCUACAGCCAAAUGCUCCUCGCCGACCCGACCUCGUUCCACGCGCGGCGGUCCGAGUACGCAUCCCACGCCGUAUGGGUGACGCGUCACUCGGACGACGAACUCUUCCCCGCUGGGCGGUGGACGAUGCAGUCUGCCGGAGGGGAGGGCAUUUCGUCUUGGAUCGACAAUCGUGUCGACAGGAGCGUUAGGGAUCGAGAUAUCGUCGUCUGGCACACGUUUGGAUCGACCCACAACCCGCGCGUUGAAGACUGGCCGGUCAUGCCGUGCGAAAAGAUGGUCGUUGGGCUUAAGCCAGUCAACUUUUUCAAGUCGAAUCCGGCACAGGAUGUGGCAGUGUCGACACAGGAACGGAACUGCAGCGUGCUGGUCGAGGAUGCGAUGGCUGCGACGCAUGGCAAUCCUGCUGUGGAGCAAUCCUGA